AUGAUUCCCCGCGCAAUCUCUGCCAGGACUGAGGAGCAGCGCGUCAUCAUGCGCGAGUACAUCCGUGCAGGGCAGUGGUGCCGAAAGAUUAGCACUGGGAACCGAUGGCAGCGAUGGUGCAGUGCCGCUCACGACUGGGUGGUGGCGCAGCAGGCGCAGAGGUGCAUCGUGUUGAAAAAACUGAGCCCCAUAGGCCGGGCGCGGCAGCGGACUGGGACGGACGGCGCCCCCGCGGCGGCAGGGCGCAGCGCGGAUGAGGAGGAGACGGCCAGUGGGGCAAUCCCAGCGCCGAGCCUCGACGGCAUCCUGAGCGAUAUGGACGUCGGCGAGCUCGCUCUCCUGGAGCGCGCCUGCGGGCGCCGGCGGAAAGCCAUCCGCAAGGCGACCUCGGCUGGCCCCGCGGGCCCGCCCCUGCGCCACCAGGGCGGCGAGCCGGAGAAGGGCGAGCAGCCGGAUGGCCAGCGCGAGGGCGAGCAGGACCUGUGCGAGCAGGCGGAUGGCGAGGUGGGGGGGGGGCAGGCCUCGCAGUCUGGUGACCUGCCGUGGUCCCCGCCGUGGGUCUUGCUGCCGCCGCCAGAUGAAGAAUGGCGCCCCGCCGCGAAUCGGAGCUGGGCGUGCCCGCCUCAUCCAGACUUCCCAGUCCCCACUGAUGUCCCUCCGAUGGCAUCGCGUCCUGAGCGGUUCAAUUCCAUUGCCGGCCAGGCGGUGUCGCGCAGCGGCGUUCAAUUGUCCGCAACGUGCGGGCUGCACUCGUUCAACCACUGCGUGGCGCCUGCGAAUUUAGCAAGGUUGCUUCCUGCGCGAACUCUGUCGAGGCCCCAGUUUGAAACCGCUGCGUUUGCUGCCGGGCUGGGGGGCACGAGGGCGAACCUCAUUGACGCGCGAGUUGGUAAUUACGAAUGCGGAGUCCUUGCUUGCAACUCCUGA